AUGCCAAAAGCAAGGGCGCUGCUAACGUCAUGUUCGGCAUUUCAACGCGCGCAACUAUAAUGUCGUCGAGUCCUGCCGAACCGACUGGUCGUUUUUCGUCGACUGCACUGUAACUUGUGCGCUGCAACAUUGACGAUGGCUACUCUGCUUAUAUUUUCCGUUGCUUUUUACGCCGUUGCGGCAGAGAAAUUCACCCUUACAGUGUUGCAUACGAAUGAUAUUCACAGUCACUUCGUGGAGAGCAAUCCGGCAGGGGGCCGCUGUUACCCCAGCGAAAAGGAUAAAUGCGUCGGUGGAGUGGCCAGGAUCGCUGCACAGGUGAAAAAGUUCAGAAGCAACCCCAAGAAGAACGUUCUUUUCCUGAAUGCAGGAGAUGUUUUCCAAGGAACCUACUGGUACAAUGUCCACAAGCAUAAUGUGGUAUCUGCUGUCGUCAGCGGGUUGAAGUAUAACGCAACUUGCUUGGGAAACCAUGAAUUCGAUGACCGGCCCGCAGGACUAGCACCUUUCCUGAAAGACAUGCAAGUCGCACAGAUUCCAGUAUUGGCCAGCAAUAUUGACACCAGUAAAGCGGAGGAAAUGAAAGGCCUUACUCCGAAUAAGUCCAUCGUGCUCACAGUGGGUGGGAAAACAAUUGGAAUUAUCGGAGCCGUAACUAGGGAGGCGAUGACAAGUUCCAAGCCUGCACCAGUCAACAUCACAGACGAGACAGCCAGUAUAAAGCAAGAAGCUGCUAUGCUGAAGGAACAGGGCGUGAACAUUCUAAUCGCUCUGACCCACAUUGGUUAUACCCUGGAGGUGAACAUGACCAGAGAUAUUCCCGACAUUGAUAUAUGGGUCGGAGGACAUACCCACAGCUUUCUCUACACAGGUAAUGACUAUCCGAAAGAGAACGUGCCAGUGGGCGACUAUCCGACGGUUGUCAACAGGACCGACGGAUCCACAGGCUUGGUUGUGCAAGCAUAUUGGUUCGGCAAGUUUCUCGGUCAUAUCGAAGUUACCUUCGACGAGAAAGGGCAGGUCACAGAGUGGAAAGGAAAGCCCAUCCUCAUGAGCCAGGGGAUUAAGGAAGAUCCUGAAAUGGUUAAAAUACUUGAACCUUUCAAGGCCGCGGUUGAGAACAUCACUAAGGCGCAUGUGGGAAGGUCACUGGCGUACCUGGACGCCGCUGACAAAGUGUGCCGGGUUGAAGAGUGCAACUUGGGCAAUUGCAUCACCGACUCCUUCUUCUAUUAUUAUGCCACGCGACUCCCGGUCUCAGACAGGAGAAAGUCCUGGAGUCAGGUGAACGGUGCCAUCACCAACGGCGGUUCCAUCAGAGCUUCCAUCGAUAACAUUGAUGACCUGAUACGGGAGGAUAUUCUCACGACGCUUCCGUUCUGCAGCAGAAUCCUCGUCCUAAAUAUAACGGGUAAAGGACUCAAAGAUAUGUUCGAACACUCCAUGUCUCAGUACGACCGUGCUUUCAGGGCCGCCCCGUUCUUUCAGGUGUCAGGAAUGAAACUGGUGUUCGAGCCAUCAGCAUCUAAGGGCAACCGAGUGAAAUCGUUCCAGAUACUCUGCACUGAAUGUCGAGUUCCACGCUACGAGCCUUUGAACGUCUCCCGGACGUACAAAAUUGUGAUCAACGAAUACAUACUCCAUCGCUUGAAUUCUACCUUGGGGGACGAGACGCAGACCGUUUGUGAGCCAGAACCGAAAGGAUGUGAGGUAUUCGAAGACUACAUACGACAGAAAUCUCCAAUCAUUUGCAGAGUAGAAGGAAGAAUGAAGUUCUACAAUUCGACAACUAAGAAGGCAACGCAGGCUUCACCAGGAUGUCCUAUGCUCAGAUAGAAGAGUCAGAAUACAGCCAGAAGUACCUACAUAUCAAUCCAACAUCAAUACCGAUAGCAAUAUAUAUCAAUACCAACA